GAAAAAAUGAUUGCAGAGAUGACGAGGAGGACAUCCGUUUGAUGUUUGAGAAACUUUACUCUGAGGAGUUCCGUGAUGUAUCUGACAAUCGUGAAGGCAUGUCUGUCGAGGACAAGGAGUGGUUGGAAAGGGUGAAAGGUACCGUCCGCAAGGACGAGGACGGUCACUUCGAAAUCGCUCUUCCAAGGUCAGACCUGGGUAGCAUUCCUGACAGCUUCCCAGUUGCCGAGAAGCGACUCGGUUCGCUCAGAAGGAAGUUUAAACGGGACCCGAGCAUGUUUCAGUCGUACGCGUCUGUGAUCAACUCGCUGAGAGAUGACGGCUAUGCAGAGAAGGUUCCGUCCAGCGAGCUUGCCCCAAGGUCACGUGACGUUUGGUACCUUCCGCACCAUUCGGUAGAAAGCCCAGCGAAACUCAGGGUGGUGUUCGAUUGCGCUGCUCGGUCAGCAGGGGUUUGUCUAAACGACAUUCUCCAAGGCGGUCCCCACCUGGGUCAGCCGCUGACAGCGGUUGUUUCUCGCUUUCGUGAAGGUGGUGUGGCUUUCGCUUGCGACAUACAGGCGAUGUAUCACAGGGUACAUGUCCCUGCCAGGGAUUCAGACUUACUUCGGUUCUUGUGGUUCAAGAACGAUGACAUUGAUGCAGGCGAGAUUGAAGUGUGGAGAAUGCGUUCACACGUAUUCGGUGCGGUCUCUAGCAGCAGCGUUGCAUCCUUGGCUGUGCAACUGUGCGCCGAGGGGGGAAAGCAGCAGUUUCCCGAGGCCGCUGAUGUGCUGCUGCGAAACAUGUACGUUGAUGACGCGCUUGUGGCAGUCGACUCUGUUGAGAAAGCGGUCAGUCUCGCAGAUGAUCUGAAACGGCUGUGCCAAACUGGCGCGUUCAGCAUGAGGAAGUUUGUAUCUAACAGUGCAGAUUUCCUAAGGAGCAUUCCCGAAGGAGAGAGAGGAAAGGGCGUCAGAGAUUUGAAUCUGGACAGAGACGAACUUGGCUGUAAUCGUGCGUUGGGCGUGGAAUGGUGCAUGGAGGAUGACACUUUCCGUUUUUGCUUUCAAGACAGGAAGAGCCCCGUGACGAGACGCGGGAUCCUGUCCACCGUCAGCAGUGUUUUCGAUCCCAUUGGAUUCUGGGCUCCCAUUUCCCUGUCAGCGAAGCUGAUUCUGCAGAAACUUUGUGCUGCAUCCUGUGGCUGGGAUGAGGCAAUUCCACCCGCUUUGGUUGAUGAGUGGCAAGCAUGGCUUCGCCGAGCUGAGGAGCUGAGCGGUGCGUGCUUGGCUCGUGACAUAUCUGGUCCAUCGGGAAGUGUGCGCUCCACGGAGCUGCACGUGUUCGUCGACGCCAGCGAAUCGGCCUAUUCUGCGGUGGCGUAUAUUCGAAAGGAAGUCGUGACCGAGAGUGAUGGAGACAGUGUGUUCAUGGAAUUCCUGAUGGGAAAGUCCCGAGUGGCCCCGCUUCGCUCUGUAUCCGUCCCAAAGCUCGAGCUGGCUGGGGCCGUGCUGGGUUCUUUGAUCCGGCAGUUUCUCGUCAGGGAGCUUGACACGAGGUUCGACAGAGUACAUAUGUGGACGGAUAGUAUGGUGGUGUUGAUGAUGAUCAGGAACAGGACGACCCGGUUCAAAACCUACGUUGCGAACCGACUGGCCCUGAUUCAUGACGUGACAGAGGUGUCUGAAUGGGGUUAUGUACCCUCGGGAGAUAACCCUGCCGACGUGGGCUCACGUGGUGCAGACGGGACCAACUUGGGAAUGUGGCUAAGGGGUCCGGGCUUCUUGAUGAAGGACCAGUCAAUGUGGCCUGUGGAGCCGACUGAGCGUACCCCUCUCCCAGCGUCUGAGGUAAAGAAGUCUAGUCCUGUAGCCACAGCGUUGGUCGGGCGUCAGACUGAUCCAUUCGGUGGGCUAGUUCGUUACUUUUCGUCUUUCUAUCGGCUGAAGGUGGCAGUAGCCUGGUACAAAAGAUUCAUGACUGUCAUCAAAAAUGGUGAUUUCCGCAGGUACGUUUUGGCGAAGAGGAAAGGACUCAGGCCAAGACGUGGUGGAGGCGCGCGGGCUCUCCUGACGCAGUCGGACUUGAGCGAUGCUGAGUCCGACAUUCUCCGCUACGCUCAGUCCGGCAUGGCUGAUCUUCCUCGUGAUCUGUCCACGGACGGUCCGGUGAGGGUGGCGAAGACCAGCCCCUUGGCCGCUCUCAGACCGCAUAUUCGUGAUGGUCUCCUGGUGGUGGGAGGUCGGCUGGAUGCGGCAGAAGGAAUCUCGAUGCGAGCUCGCCAUCCGGUGAUACUCCCACGGGAGCAUCACGUUUCAAAAUUGGUGAUCCGUGAGGCACACAGAGCUGUGGGACACGAAGGGAGAGAUCAUACGCUGUGGCGUGUGAGGGAUAAGUACUGGGUCAUUGGCGCGGGGCGAGAGAUCAGGAAGAUGCUGCGUGGGUGCACGGUAUGUAGGAAGGUGAAUGGCCGGCCGCUCGGGCAGCUGAUGGCGGACCUGCCAGACGAACGCGUCGUUCCGGGCGUUGGGGCGUUCGAGAAGAUCUCGUGUGACGUUUUCGGUCCUAUCCCUGUGAAGAGUGGCCGGACAGAGCGUAAGUGUUGGGCGCUGUUGAGUACCUGCAUGACGACUCGAGGGGUGCAUAUAGAGCUGCUGGAGUCGCUCAGCACUGAUGCGUUGGUCAAUGCUAUACGCCGUGUAGCAGCUCGCCGCGGAGAAAUCCGCCAGGUGAGAUCUGAUAAUGGGACCAACAUGUGCGGAGCGGACAGGGAGCUUCGCGAGGCCCUGUUAGAGCUUGAUCCCGAGGAGUUGCAACGGGCAGCCCGACCGCACGGAAUUGACUGGGUGUUCAAUCCGCCUCACGGUUCUCACUUUUCUGGGUCCGUAGAGCGUCAGAUUAGGAGUGUCCGAAAAAUUUGGAGGUCUAUGCCUGUCACUCGUCUGUUGGAUCGUGAAGCGCUGUACACACUGCUCUGUGAAAUAGAAUCAAUCCUGAACAGCAGGCCGCUCACGUUUGUUACCACCAGUGACAGUAACGUUGAGCCAAUUACCCCGAAUCACUUGCUUCUCUUGCGUGCGUCUGUUCAUCCUGUUCCUGGGGUGUUCGGUGAGUCCGAGUCGUUCUCGAGGCGCCGCUGGAGGUACGUGCAGUACUUGGCUGAUCAGUUUUGGGUGAGAUGGAAGAGAGAAUAUUUGCCUGCGCUCCAGGCUAGGCAAAGAUGGAGACAUGGUGCGAGAAAUCUCCAGGUAGGAGAUAUUGUACUGCUUGUCGAGUCAGGUGCUCCCCGAGGUACUUGGCCACUUGCCAGGGUAGUUGAGACGAGACCCAGUCGGGACGGCCGUGUUCGAAAGGCCUUAGUUAAGACCAGUGUAUCGACUUACCUCCGACCUAUCCAUAAGAUGGUUUUAGUUCUUGCUGAGGCCGAUUUGGAGUGGUGAGUGUUUCGCGGCCGCCAAGGUGUGAGCUCUGAUUGUGUUCCUGUUUAUAUGUGCUAGCUUGUAAGGCUGCUACAGGCGGCGUCGAGACGUUGCGAGCGUACCUUAGUGUUGCGUAUCGAUGUAUUCUGUCAUGUGUUGUUGUUCCCAUGUAGUUAUCGUGGCAGCGCUCAAGUUUUCAGCCGUAUGCUGAAGGGGGGAGUGUAGGCGCUGCUCGUACGUCUGCUCGACUCAGCUGCUCGGUGCGCGGUUAGGUCGACAGUAGCGCCCCCCGUGGCCCUCCUGCUUGCGUAGCUCGGCAAUAGAUGGCACCGCCGGCUAGUGUCAGUACAUGUGUAUGUGUGUCAGUACUAGCGCAGUAUAGUGAUGGCAGUAUUGAACUUUCGGUUGGCGUUUGUUUUUUGAUUGUCGUCAUUGGCUUAAGAUAUCUCGGCAUAUUAUGUGUCGUGACCCUCAUUUAUUAUAUGUGGCGAUUUGGUAUACCUGUCUUUCGGUUUCUAUUGGCAUUUUUAUUCAUUGGCGAUUAGAGGUGAUGUAGUCGUGGUACGCUUAGUGAUGUUCAUUUCGGUUUCUGCGUUGAGUUGGACGUGUGGCGCGGCGUGCCCUGUAAGUGAAAUGGUUUGUAUGGAUAAAAUUGUAUGCCAUGAUUGUAAUGUUUCGCAUAAUUUCCAUUAAUUACCGUUUUGCUGGUUUUUACGUGGUCAGCUCUGUUACAGUUUGGCUCUUACCUGUACCAUUUAGACGGAUUUGUUUCGUUUCUUUGUCACUGUUACGCCACAUUUGUAAAUGGGGUGUCGCAUGCAGGUUGCGCCCGGUUUUUGGUGCGAAUCAUCCGUGGCGCCUGCUUCUGUUGGUGGCGCCUGCUUCUGUUGGUGGCGCCGGUUGGUGCGGCGCUCGACGUACUGGUGGCGCCGUUGGUGAGGCGUUCGGCGCGCUGGUUGCGCCUGUCUGGUGUGGCGCCCGACGCCUCGACAGCGCCCGUUUGGUGUGGCGCGCCCGGCCACCUACUUUGGCGCCUGGUUUUGGUGGCGCUUGAGCACUGUGCUCACUUUGGCUGCCGUCUACAUCCUGCCGAGAGUCACUCCGAUGAAACCGUGCUCAUGCACAUGCGCUGUUACAAUACAGCGUGGUAAUCAUCUGGCCUUUUUGGCGGAGCGGAGCAGACGGCGGCUACAGUCAU